CGUAGAUCCACCCCCCGCCUUGGACUUAGGCCUGCAAAAACCUUGCCCCUCUCUCUCAUCCGUAUUGACCAAGUGAACAUGCUUCCCCGCAAAAUUGGGACAUGGGUUCUGAUUUUUCUCGUGAUCUCUCCAACCAUGUUUAACAUGUCCUUUUCUGAGCUCGAUCCUCGCUGGGAAGCUAAAAAGAAGCGCAUGAGUGAGAAAGUUCGCAAGAUGUUUUACCAUGCUUAUGACAACUACAUGACUUAUGCAUUCCCGCAUGAUGAACUAAAACCUCUUACCAAAACUUUCACAGACUCUCUCAAUGAACUUGGAAACUUGAAGCUUCAACACCUAUCACAACAGUAUAAUGGAUCAGCCCUCACACUUAUCGAAUCCUUAUCCAGCCUCGUGAUCUUGGGUAACAACACCGAAUUUGACAGGGCAGUUCUUUGGCUUUCUGAAAAUUUAACAUUCGACGUUGAUGUGAGGAUAAAUCUUUUUGAGUGCAACAUAAGAGUUCUUGGAGGACUUGUUUCUGCUCAUAUUCUUGCAACUGAUUCUACAAACAGGUUGGUUCAAAGAGUUUACAAGAAUCAACUUCUUAUUCUGGCUGAGGAUUUGGGGAGACGCAUUUUACCUGCCUUUGAUACCCCCACUGGAUUGCCAUAUGCAUGGAUUAACUUAAAGAUGUCAAGUCUAAGGACUAGUAGUGCAAAUAUGGACUUCAUGGAAGCCUUGGCAGUCAAUCAUGACAGUGAAAGUCGCAGCUUCAGGGAUGAGAAUGACCCGCUCAAUAUGCCAUCAUUUUGUGCCUGGUUUCAUGCAAAAAUGAAUGUCGGACGAAAGCAAAGAGCUAACAUGAAAAACACGUUGCUGCUAGUCUAGUUUGUGGUUGUCAGUCAAGUGAGUGUUUGGAGGAGCGGAGGAACAAUAGGCUCCUUAAUGCUUGCUUCAGGGUUCAUAGGGCAAUUAUUCAUUCAAAGAGAAAUGGAGAUAGAGAAAUAAUUUCAUUUUAGAUUUUAAAGAGUGAAGGUGAUUAUUUUUUGUAGAGAGAGAGAGGAGGUGGAUUUACCGGAUUUUUAUUGUGAGAGAUAAAUGGAUUUUCUACAUAAAUUGAAAAAUGGGUUUUAGAGAGAUAGAGAGAUGAUUUUUAGUUGAAUGGGUAUUUUAUAAGUAGAUUAAAUGAAUUUUCCAGAGUUGUUUUUGGUUAGAGAGAAAUACUUUGUAGAGGGAUAAAAUGGGUUUUCUUCAUGAAGCGUUUUUAAUUGGACAAAGGUCUUGUUUUAGAAAGAGAAAAAACAUGCCUUUUGCCUAAUACUUAUGAAUUUACAAAUUUACUCGUGCCCAUGCUUCACUUGUGACUAUUUUCUGUCCAGAAUUCUUUAGGCGGUGGACAGAAAGUCAGCAUUAGAACAUAUUAGAAUUGAGACAGAAUAAAGUUCAUGGGCCAAUGUGAAACUAGUGCCAAAGUUCAAGGGCCACUUGUGCUUUUACCCUGUAAUUUAAAUGUGGGUUGUUUAUAAUGAAGUGGAGUGGUGCAUAUGCAUUUGGAUGACAUGUCUUUUCUAGUUGUUUAAACUCAUGUCCAAAUUACAUAUGCAAAAUUUUGGCACCCAAUAUGAGGUCCUUUCUUGCAUGGAAUUCCUAGUUAGAAAAUAGUACUAUAAGGCUCAAAAUGAAAAAGGAAAAUGUCAUAGGAUGGCAAACUGGCGGCUUAUGCUGCCAUUCUUUAAGGCAAGAAGAUUGUUAGAAGUAUCCAAAUCGGCAUCAUAAACAUUUGAUGCUAUGUGAAGGAGUUCGUCAUAAAACCUGUGUUAUACUUAAGUAAAUUACAAAAGUCACCUAGUAUUUAAAAUGUGGUUGGUUCAAAGCUCCAGAGCUUGUCAAUAUAUGUUGUUCUGUGGUCAUGUUACACUUAGGAUAUACUUGGAAAUUUGAUUUUAUACAAUUUUUCUUAUUGAAAUUCCUUUUGAACACAUUGUUCAGUAUAAAAAUUGGUCUGCUG